AUGUUCAAGCUGUAUUUCGGGCCAAAACCUGCUUUGGCUGUCACACAUCCAGAGCUGGCAAGACAGGUUCUUACGCGCCCAAAGGACUUUCAAAAGGCAGACAAUGAUGCGGUGGCCAGCAAGAGCAUCAGUUCAAUUCUCAACUACACGAAGGAGGGCCGCAAUGCCUCUUUGGUAACCUCCAAUGGUGCAGAGUGGCAGGCCAUGCGAAAGCCAGUAGACCCAACUUUUGAAAAGACAGCACUCCGAAACUUGAUACCCAAGUUCAAUCAGACAGCUGAUACGCUGAUGGAUAGCUGGAGGGGAACUGAAGAGGUUGACGCGAAAAGAGACAUGUCGCGAUUUGCUUUGGACAUUCUUGGCACUGCAAUGCUGGGGCAGAGUUUUGGAGCCAUUGAAGGCAGUUUCGAUGACACAUACAGGCAGUACCAAACAGUCAUGGCCGAGCUGAUGAACCCAAUCUACCUCCUCUUUCCUGUUCUCGAAAGACUUCCGCUGCCUCGAAAUCUGAGAUACAAGGCAGCAGUAAACCACAUGUACGGUGUGCUGGAAGGUGCAGUGUAUGCUCGAAUCGAGCAGCGCCGUGAACAGAUGGCAAGUGGCAAACUGAAUGAAGAGCCCCAAGACAUGCUUGACAUGCUGCUUGGUCCUGGUCUCGAUGCAAAAGGAGUCCUCCCGGAAGGCCACAUGGUUCCAAUGCUCUGGAUCUUUUUCCUUGCGGGCCACGAUACCACAGCAGUGUCUUUGGCCUGGGUCAUGCAUUACUUGGCAAAGCACCCAGAUGUUCAAGAAAGAGCUCGGAAAGAGGCCAUUGCGGUCUUAGAUGGCAAGAAGGAUCCAGAUGCAGAUGAUGUCGAGAGAAUCCCAUAUAUCAACGCGGUCAUCAGCGAGAGUCUUCGUUUGCGGCCUCCAGUCUACAACCUUAUCACCCGUGAAGCUUCUGUGGACACUGAGCUGGAUGGGGUCAGUGUUCCCAAAGGAACAGGUGUCUCGCUCCAUAUCGCCGCCAUCAAUCAACACCCGGAGGUGUGGGACAACCCAUCAGAAUUCAAUCCAGAGCGCUUCAUGCAAGAAAAGCAGCCACGGGUCUUCAAUUAUUUACCAUUUUCAGCAGGACCUCGUCGCUGUUUGGGCGACAAAUUUUCGCUGCUGGAGCAACGAACGCUGCUCCUGAAGCUGUUAACACAGUACGAGGUCCUACCUCAUAAGGACAUGGCCAAGCAAGAAGACAACUUCUGCACAUCUCCCAUGAGCUUGAUGCUUUUGCAGCCAAAGGACCCGGCCACGAACUGCUUUUUGGCAGUGGAAAGAAGAACGUCAUGUUUCAGUGAGCUACUAGUAGCGUCCUUGCUCCUAGUAAUGAUACCCUUUGCUCCUAAUAGCGUUCUUGUUCCUAGUAGUAAGGCCAGGAGCGCCCCGUUCGUAGCGUCCUUGCUCGUCCCAUGA